AUGCCAUUAUCCAAAUUGAAAAUGAAAUUGACAGAUUCAACGUCAUCAUCUUCAUCUGUUGCUCAAAAUAGUAACAAUGUCAAUACUGAAGAUAUUGAUGAAGUUGAUGAUCAAGGUCAAAGUAUAUUAAUGGGUAUCAUCUCUCAAUUAAGACCAGGCUGUGAUUUAUCAAGAAUAACAUUACCAACUUUUAUCCUUGAAAGAAAAUCAAUGUUGGAAAGAAUUACAAAUCAGUUACAACAACCAGAUAUUUUACUUGAAGCUCAUGCAACAAAAGAUUAUAUACAAAGAUUCUUAUUAGUCGUUAAAUGGUACCUUUCAGGUUGGCAUAUUGCCCCAAAGGCUGUAAAGAAACCUUUAAACCCUGUAUUGGGUGAAUUCUUCACUGCUUUCUGGGAUUUACCAAAUGAUGCUGGUCAAGCUUAUUAUAUUUCUGAACAAACUUCUCAUCAUCCUCCAAAAUCUUCAUAUUUCUAUAUGAUUCCAAAUAAAAAAAUUAGAGUAGAUGGUGCUUGUAUUCCAAAAUCAAGAUUUUUGGGGAAUUCCACAGCUGCAAUGAUGGAUGGUGUUACUGUUUUAAAAUUUUUGGAUUUUAUUGAUGAAAAUGGUGAGUUUGAAAAAUAUACACUAACUCAACCAAAUAUGUAUGCUAGAGGUAUAUUAUUUGGUAAAAUGAGAAUAGAAUUAGGUGAUCAUAUGAUUAUUAAAUGUCCAAAUACUGGAUUAUCUAUAGAUAUUGAAUUUAAGACAAAAGGUUUCAUUUCGGGGACUUAUGAUGCAAUUGAAGGUGUUGUUAAAAAUUCAAACAAUGAAUCAUUAUUUGAAAUUUCUGGUAAAUGGAAUGAUGUGGUUUAUAUUAAAGAUUUAAUUAAUGGUGGUUCUAAAAAAACUUUUUUCGAUGCAACAAAAGCAACUCCAUUACCUCCAAAAGUUAGACCUUUAAAUGAACAAGGUGAAUUUGAAUCAAGAAGAUUAUGGAAAAAAGUUACAGAUGCCCUUGGUGAAAGAAAUCAUGAAGUUGCCACUGAUGAAAAAUUUAAAAUUGAAGAUGCUCAAAGAGUUGCAUCAAAGAAAAGAUUAGAAGAUGGUGUGGAAUUUCAUCCAAAAUUAUUCAAAUCUGUGGAAAAUGAUGAUUUAGAAUAUUAUUUAUACAAACAUAUCCCUCCUGAUGCUGAUCCUCAAACUAUAACUAAAUUGAUUUUAGAAACUGCUCCUAUAUUACCUGGUCAACAAUUUACUCCUGAAUUUGAUAUACCAGCUUAUAAAAAAUUACAUAAUGAUGAUCAAAAAUGA